AUGCCAAAGACUGUGCUUAAAUAUAUCCACCCCCUAUGUGGAUUUCCACUAUAUGAUGCCAAUAGACUACAAGAGCCUCCUAGUGGGGCCAACAUCUGUGGGAUGACGAAGAAAGACCUCGUGGUAAAGUUGAACAAAACGCGUGUUCCUUACAUGGACUUACUGGAAUUUCAUGCCUGGGGAUACAUUCAGGGGGCCUACCGGUAUCGCAGAGAUAUGCGCAAGGCUGAUAAGAUCGCGGCGUUGAUCAAAAUUCUCUACAAUCAAGAUGAUAAACACCGACCUCGCUCCCUGGAGGAACUGUAUGAUGUUAGCAGGGACACAGGGCCUAGACUGUUGAAACCUGCUGUCGCCACUGAAGAUCUCCUUCCUAUCAGUCGUUAUUAUCCGUCGCCCCCCGCGCCAAAUACACAGGUGAAGCCCGGCUUCGUCAGACCAAUCGAUGCUCCCGAUUUCAUUUCGGACGUUUUCUUGGAGAGAAUGGCUGAAAAGAGUGUUGUGGAACCCGAACUGGAAAAUCAACCAAGCGACAAAGAGACUGCAAGUCAAGAGGCAAGUCAAGAUGAACUCCAUAUCAAUAUUAGAGUACCGGCGAUUGAUAGAGAAGCACACCUGCCACUUGUUGAGGCGAUAGAGCGUGUUGUCAUGAAUUUCGCUUAUUCUGGACUUGAACGUGAUCCAACUGCUGCCUCUCUAGAAGCAGCACGGCCUUAUGUUACCGCCACAGAAGGGAAAUGCUUGACAAGUGCCAUCUUUGGCUCAUUCCCAGCAACAUCUCAGGUGCAGCUUGCCCCCAACCCCUGGGCGAGUAACAGUCUGCACUUCGAUAAGAAUGGCCAUGUUUACCCUUACCGAGGCCGUGGACCCGUGUGGAGCAACUGUUCAAGUGCUGUCGACUGUGCUAUCGUGGCAGGUCGACUGCUGGACGCUGGGUCCACAAAGGUCGACCGCGAUUGGCAGGGCUGGCAGGACACAUUUACCCCUGUCGAGCGAGCCUUCAUCGAGGCGACAGAUUUGAACUGGGAUGUGUGUCCUUUGGAGAAGAGCAUCGAACUGAGAGACCGCUUCCUGCAGCUCGUACAACCUGACAAUGCCCCAAGAGAGGAUAUCCAAGCUCUACGAGAUAUCUGGCACAGGUCUACGCACAAUUUCGACCAAUUUCGCCCCGAUUUCAUAGAGAUUAUGGAUCCCUGUCAGUGCAGUGCUCCUAUAGGCAGCAAUACAUCUAGUGGACAUACCUCUAUAGGAUCAUCUGAGCUGGAAAGCAGUUAUGACGGCCUCGACCUGCAGGAUGCGCUUUCUCGGUUGUUAGCCAUCUCCAGCAAGGUACCUUGUAAAAGGUGUGGCAACGAGUCCGUGAAUUGCAGGAAAAGAUAUAGGAAGCUACCAUUGCGUCUCGCAGUAGAGCCUGGCCCUAAUAUGAUUAUCCAAUCACAUUGCCAAGAUCUUACUCUUGCGUAUCCCGAUGAACAUGGAAGAGAGCAAAUCGCCUCAUACCGCUGGUUAGGAGGGAUCUACUCCCACAAGAACCACAUGCGCCUCUACUGGAACGAUGUCAAUCGCGGGGAGCAUGACAACACAGGAAUGCUCCGUAUGUAUGAUAGUACCGAGAACCUCGGAGUCAUCGUUGGUGGUAUAGCCCCAGCCAGCCGGGCGGACCGAGUACCCGAGGAAUACUGGCGAGGCAAGGAGAUACCGCUGCUCUUCUACGAACGGAUCAUGAAUCCCAACAUGGAGGACCUCCAUGUGGCCUUGAGCGCAGUAAACAACAUGCUUCAAGUCAGUGAACAGGGGAAGCUCAUCCUUCAGCAGAACCCAGGAUGG